GGCCUCACACCACCUCAGUCAGUCGCCAGCACUCGCCGCGAGCACUUCUCUCACCCACGAGCUCUCGCAGAGGUCACAUGUGCCGCGUCUGAGUCCCAGGGACUAGAGUCAAGAGUCCCACACACACACAGAGCUCCCCCAUACCCCAGCAACUAUGAAGGUGGAACGCGCCAGCUCCGUGUGUUCUGACGAUGCCCCAUCGUCCCCAGAUUCCAUCAUGUCUGUUGGGGAGUCGUCUCCGCUGGCGUCCCCACAGCCGUCUCCUGCGCCCCUUACUGAUCCCUACGAUGACCAGAGGCUGUACUCCCCGGCUUACACGGCGCACAGCCCCGCCUACAGCACCACCAGCAGCAGUAGCAGCUCCGGUAGUACUGGGGGCGCAUCUCCUACCUACAGCUGCCCGGCCAGCCCGGGAUACCAGCGGUCCGCCUCGCCCGAUUUCGGCUUCCAAUUCCCUCCCGACUCCGGGUAUCCCGGGGUGGAACAGUUCGGCUGUCAAGCCGAAUUCGUCAGGGCAGUGCAGGACGGGGAUCCCAGAGAGCUGAAGCGCAUCCUGACGCGGUACUCGCAGCUGGUGCAGAUCAACGGCUUCACGGCGGACGGGCAGACGGCGCUGACGCAGUCCUGUAUGGACGGUAACCUGGAGGUGAUCAAGGUGCUGGUGGCCCACGGUGCUUCCCUCCACCUUACUAACCGUGAUGGCUUCUCGCCCCUGCAUCUAGCCUGCUGGCGAGGCAAGUAUGAUGUGAUGCAGUACCUGCUGCGCUCCGCCUCCAGUAGACGGUAGUUGUUGUGAUAUUGUUGCCUCUAGCCUAGUGAUCCGUGCCAUGCGUGUGUUGAGCAGGGAAGCCUUCGCCCUGUGCAAUACUGAGUGUUUGUUGGCGGCCAGAGCUCUCGUGGGGUCUUCUAGAACUGUGAGGACGGCCUAGAACCCUCAUGUGGGCGGCCAGAACAGUGUGGGGGUGGUUGGAGCUCUCGUGUGGGUGGCUUACAGCUCUCGUGGGGGCAACUAGAGCCCCAGCCCUCUUGUCGGCGGCCAGGACCUCCAUGUGGGCGCCUCCCUACAUUCGGCUACAAUCUACAGUCUGUGAUGUUUUGAAGCUGUGUGCCGCCCCUGACAACAUUUAACGUGCCACCGCCAGCCUCCAGCUACCACCGCCUGCCCCUAGCUGCCACCACCUGCCCCAACUGCCAGCAGGCCUUGGUAGCACCGCCCCAUAAGUUACCUCAGUUUUAUUCUCCAAGGGCGGGACCUGUGGCAGCCUUGGGCCCUCGCUGGCAGGGGACGCAAAAGAUGUUACAGCGCCUCUCGUUGAACUCUGUGAUCUACUCUGGUGACCGAACGCGGAAAUUGAGAGGAGUGAUGGGGGUUAGGUGGUGUUGACGCCACAGAUGUGCAAUAUGUGUAGGGCAUCACCCCAGGGUGUGAUGCCAGCUGGUGACGUCGUAGUACUUUUUUUAUGGUGAUUGUGAUACACCCUCCGUAACGAUGUUGUGAAGUGUAUCUGCUGAAGGAGGGUAGGAAAAAAACAUUGUGUUCUGUACUGCGCCAUCUUCGCUGGUAGUGUGUGUACCUGCACCUACUGCAGGUGUGUCGCCACACCUACAGCAGCUGUUCUUCAAGAUCACCCGGUGUUGUGGUUACACCUGCAGACAAACUGUACCUGCAGCAUGUGCCUCAAAGAACCAGUUCUGUGGCUACACCUGCAGGAACAGCACCUCAACACAACCAGGUGUGUGGUCACACCUGCAGCAGCUGUGCCUCAAGACUGCCAGGUGUGUGGUCAUACCUGCAACAGCUGUAUCUCAAAAGUACUCGCAUGCCUUACCUCACAUCCUGCCCUUCUCCUCGCCAACCCUCAUUGUAUAACUGCUCGCCAGCUUCCAGUGCCAUUACGGCGAUUUUUAGCAAGUAAUGUAGAGUUGGUGUGUACUUUGCUAGUGCUUCAGGACACCUUGCACGGCCGGGAAGCUGAGCGGUGUGAGUGUGGCUGGCAGAACCUGUGCUAGUGAUCCAGGGGCGUGAGGACAGGUCACCACCGACGAAGAUAUUCCACUGGCGCCAUGCCUCCGUUCCUUCGUUUCUGCAGGAGUGACGGCGACGAACAAUAUUCCACUCCUGUGAUCCUCUCCAUGCCCUCAUUUGUUCCUGUAGCCUAGAGUGACAGAGAGGAUCCUACAGAUUCCAUUCCCGUGAUCCUCUCCCAAGUACCAGUACUUGGGGCAGUGAUCCUUAUAUGGGAGACUUGUUGAAGACAGUUCUCAGCUCGUGUGUGAAAGACGAGUCCCCGGCUUACGAGAGGAAGUCAGCUGUCUCUGGGAGGCGCAAGAGCCUCAAUAAGUAAUGCAGUUGGGGGAUAUUGAUCUUCAGAAGAAGCAGGAACCCCUUCAGCAUCACUGGCCUGUGGAUCUCUGGUAGGAGUGGGAAUCUCUCAGUCUUUCGCAGUAUUGAUCUUCAGUUUCAGUAACGCCAUCCACCUACAGAAGCAGUGGAUCUCUGGGCACUACAGGAACCUCAACACACUUCACAGGAUCAGAAAGUGGAUCGUCAGGAGAUGCAGGAACCCCAUCUUCCGCGGCGGCAGUACCCUAUGGAUCUCCGAAAAGUGCAGAAAUCCCCCUCCGGCAUGUGCUGGGAGGGGGAAGCGGUGUGUGUGUGCGUGUAGUGUUCGUGGAUGACAUCAUCCAGAGGGAGCACAACUGCCGCCUCCAGUGAUACACUUGAUCGUGCCUUAAGAACUUAUGUUAAGUUGUUGUUAUCUGUUGAGAUGUUGCCUUAUUUACAACAAUGUUUGUUUCCCUCUCCAUCAGUGGCUUGGGAACGUUGUAUUAUCAACUUCAGAUAUGACCAUAUAUUUCUGAAUUAUAGUUAUAUUUUUAUA